GCAGUUGAUGUUUUCGGUCGUUAUAGUCGCUUUGUUAAAAAAAUAAAAAAAAUAAUAUUUUCGACUAAAAUUUUCGGUUCAAUUCAAAGGAUGGAAAAUACACGAAACGUCACACUGAUUUUCUUGAUAUUGACAUUUUUUUCAAGUUCUGCUAUAUCUGGAACAAUUAAUAUCAGUAGCGUAGUGGAUAAUAUUCAGGGAAAUAUAUCACGGGAUAUUAGAAUUGUUGGAGGAAAUACAGCAUCUGGAAAUCAAUUUCCACAUGCAGCAGCUUUGUUUUUGUUUCUUACAACCGGUGAAAGUUUCUGUGGUGGAUCCAUCAUUCAUGCAAAUUAUAUCAUAACAGCUGCUCAUUGUUUAGAUGAUCUGAUAAGAAUAGAUGUGCAAGCAGGAACAUUAAAUAUUUUUCAAGGAACUCCACAAUAUCGUGCAACAGUAAUGCAAAGAGAUGUUAGACAGCAUCCGCAGUAUGACAAAGAAACUCUCAGAAAUGACAUCGGCUUAAUUUAUGCCAUGCAACCAAUAAGAUUCUCAAGUGGACUUCAACCAAUUGCACUUCCAGCUAGGCAUUUAGUAUCCAGUUCUUUUAUUGGACAAAUUCCAUUUGUGAUAGGUUGGGGACGCUUCUCUGACUCGAGACAUGUGUUAUCAGACGCCUUACAAUAUGUUAGAUUACCCAUUGUGAAUGAUCAAAGUUGUACAUCCGUUUACAACCAACUCUUUCCAUUUUUCAACAGUGGUACAAAUAUUUGUGCUUCAGGCAGCAAUGGAAGAUCAACGUGUAAUGGUGAUUCAGGUGGUUCGAUGUCAAUAACUCUAAGUGGAAGAAAUACAUUAAUUGGAAUUGUAAGCUACGGAAGUGCAACUUGUGAGGGUGGGUAUCCUGUUGUGAUGACAAGAGUCUCUGCAUAUCUUGACUGGAUCUCGAAUAAUUCCGUUUUAAGACUUUAAGCUUUAAAUCAAACUUUAAAUGUCUUGGUUGACAUGAAAUUUACAAAAGUGAAAUUUAAUUUUUAUAUCCUUACCAAGAUUGAGUUAUGUACAAAUUUUGAAGCAAACUAUAAAAGUUGAUCCAACCUGAAUAAUUUGUCAAUGUGAAAAUUUUAAAAAUAGUUCGGAAGUGAUAAUUAUCUUAGAUUCCAUGACAAUAAUAUUAUACAAUAUAACUAUUGAAAUAGAAAUAAAGAUUAAGCCUA